GAUCUUGACAAUGAACUCUUGGAGCUGGCAGGCCACGCUGAUGGCUCCUCGCCGGCUCCUCAGAGAAGCGAGCCUUCUAAGAAACGCCGGAGAGCGAACUCUGACGAUUUUGAUGCCUCUUCGGAUGAGGGAGAGUCAGAUGACGAUGUAGAGCAACAGGGCGAGUCUGAGGAUGAGGAGAGCGAUGAAGAAGCCGCUCUGCCGUAUCCUCUGGAGGGAAAAUACAAGGAUGAGGCAGACAGAGCCCAUGUAUUGGGCCUCACCGAAGUCGAACGUGAAUCGCUCCUCUAUGACCGUGAAAUGGAGCAUGAAAAAAUCAUGGAAGCUUUCGAGGUUGCGCAGCGUGCACGCCAGCAAAGAGCUUCUCAAACCUCGAAAUCACGAGAAAGCAGGGCAUCCGACACCACCCGUCGCUCCGCACGCGACAAGAAGGUCAAGACCGACACGAAGAGCAAACUCUCCGAGCUGGUUAAGCGCAGAGAAGAUAAAUCGAAGGGAGUGAAAUCCAGGCGUGACGAUUCCGAAAGUCCUGACGAUCUUGACCGCAAGGACUUAGGAUGGGGUGACAGUGAUGACAGCGACGAAGACGAGGUACACCGACCACAACCCAGAAGACGUGACGCGGAGGAAGAAACUGGUACAAUUACUCUCGAGGGCAUCAACUCAAUCCGCAUCUCACGAAAAUUCCUCGGAAAGUUCCUGUAUUACCCAGCAUUCGAGAACGCAAUCCGUGAUGCUUUCGUGCGCAUCAACAUUGGACAGGACAGGGGCGAGAACGUUUACCGUGUUGCUCAGAUCAAGGGAGUCGUCGAGAAAGGAAAGACCUACAACGUCGAAGGUACACCCACAAACCUCCGCCUGGAAUGCCAGCACGGAAAGGCCGUCAAAGAUUUCGAGAUGAGCUUCGUGUCUUCAUCACCUAUAAUGGAGAAGGAAUACGCGCGGUGGGUGAAGACGUGCGAGGACGACAAAAUAAAACCACUGGGACAACGCACCGUCGAACGCAAGAUCGAGGAACUGAAAGAGUUCACCGCCUACACCCUGACGCCAGAGGACAUCACCGCCAUGCUCGAGAAAAAGCAAGCCCUCCGAAAACAACCAGGCAACCACAUCAUCGAACAAAACCACCUCAAACAACGUCUCGCAAUCGCCCUCUCAAAAGGUAACACAGAAGAAGCCUCACAAAUCAAAUCCCGCAUCGAAGAUCUCGAACACAUCGCAGCACAAUACACCAAAGAGCACGAAUCCCGGCUCUCCAAACUUGCACGCUUAAACGAGAGGAACCGGCGCGCAAACGUGGAGGAGGUCAGGAAGGCUGAGUUGAGGAACAUUCUGGAGGCGAAGAAAGCUGCGGCUGUGGGGAAGGCGGCGGAUCCGUUUGCGAGGUUGAAGACGGUUCCGAAGAGGUAUUAUAACAGUCAGCCUACGUCGGAUGUGAGUCAGACUGCUACGCCGCAACCGGAGGCGGCGCCUGAGGUGGUGCCGGUAACGACGACUGUGAAGAAGCCUGUCGGGGGUGUCGAUGAUGUGAUUGCGUCCGUUGAUAUCGAUAUUGACAUAUAG